AUGCUUCAAUCUCCCAAUCUACCUGCUUCCCCAUCCCCAUCCCCCACAUUCCCCGCCUCCCCCCCUCCCAUAUCCUCCGCUUUCCCCCAGCCAUGGCGCAAGCAGCUCGACGACACGCCCGGAAUGUCGCUCUUCCGCGCGCGAGUCGAUCUCGCGGCCGCCGACGCCCUCGCUAAGCCCGCGCUGGGGCGGAAGCCGCGCGCGGAGGGAGGCGCCGGCGGAGCGGGCGGAGCAGGUGGAGGCAAGAAGCGCUCAGGCGGAGGCCCGAGCGGCGCCACUGAGGGAGGCGCGGAAGCCGCAAGCGCAAAACCACGAGGUCGGGGGAAACCUAAGACGUUGGGCGCAGGGGGGACAGGCGCGGGGGACAUGGGGUCGUACAACGAACCCGCCACCCCCUACGUCGCCCCCGCCAGGCCCGCAGACGAGCCCCGCGCCGCCGAUCCCGCCCCUAUCCCCUCCGCCGAACCUCCUCCCGACCCGCAACCAACCCUCCCCAAGCCUGCCGUCCCCGAGCCUACCCUCUCCGCGCAGCCGAACGUGUUUGCAGCAGCGGCAGCAGCAGCCGCGUCGGGAGAACCGGCGGCGCUGCAUCCCCCCCUGCAGCCGCUGGCGGAGGCGGGGCUGAGCAAGCGGCUGGUGCGCUCCCUGCGCGACCUGCGCGCGUUCCACCGCAUCAACGUGUCGACCGCCGUGGUGCAGCUCUUCGCUGAGAUGGCGGACCACUCGCUCGCGCCGUGGAGCCGCAUCCCUGCUUCUACCAAUGGCAUGGGGCAGCGCGGCAUGGUCUCGCCCUCGCUGCUCCGCUCCAUCGCCAUGCGCCCUAGGUUCAUGUCGUGUGCGGGCCAUGUGAGGGUGGUGGAGGGCGGGGUGUACUUCCGAUUGGGCGGCUUCAUUGACAACGCCUACCGCCUCAGGCGCUUCCUGCAGAUGGUCAAAACCAUUCAGCUCGCAGUAACACGCUUCGAGCUCGCCUCCAUAGCAGCGGAGUUCUUCCUCAAUGUGUGCGACCUGCCCGCCAGCUACGACAACGACGUGGGCGGGCAGCGGUCCGUGGGCUUCCCCCUCAUGAGCACGCGCACCGUGGAGGGCAGCCUUGACAUUGCCGUGCCUGACCCUCUUGAUUUGAACGAGAAUAUCAACGUGCCGCCGCCGCCAGAGACCGAGAUCCCAUGGGAGGAGAAGGAGAGCAGGGCCAUAUUCCGCGGCCCCAUCAGCAGCCUGCCUCUGGAGGACGUCCCCAACUGGCGUGCCAACCCCCUCAUCCGCCUGCAGAGGCUGUCAGAGGCACGGCCAGACCUGCUGGACGCGAAGCUGUAUGGGUGGAGCAGAGAGCUGGACCUGGAGGUUCGGAAGAGGAUGAAGGCGGACGGGGUGGCGAUGCAGGGCAGGGCGGCAGUGGAGGAGGCAGCACCGGCGCGCUUCAAGUAUGGCAUUGUGGCAGGCAGCGCCCACCACCACCAGAUGUGCCCCAUCCUCACCACUGGCGAGCAGGUGGCCAUCAGGCAAGACUCACCCUACUCGGAGUUCUUUGUGCCGAUGCUGAAGCCGUACGUCAACUUCAUACCCGCCAACCGGCACUUUGACAACCUGGUGGAGAAGCUGCGGUGGGCACAGAACCACGACAGGCACGUGCGCAACAUGGCACUGGCGGGGAAGCGCGUUGCAAAAUGGGCAUGCUCCAAGAAGGGCCACGCGCUCUACUGGGCCAUCCUCCUUAUAAAGUACUCCCGUAACGCCAUGGACGACCCCUCGCUCAUCCGCCCGCCUGGCAAGCAGCUGUGCCGCAAGCAGCUCAGCCCCGCCAUUCUCGCCCUCGCUGACCCCAGCACCACCGGCACCUCCCAGCCGCCCGCUCUGCCGACCGACUGGCCGCCCGCGUGCAGUGAUGAGGCGCGCGCGCAGGUGAAGCAGCCGGCGUGUGUCGCGCUCGCCUCCGCCGCCCCCCCUGGUUGCCUGGUCAUGCUUACCAAAGCACCCGCCCGCCUCGCCUCCCUUGUCUCCCUCGCUUCCCUCGCGUUUCCUCCUCUGCUAGUAGUACCCACCUCUCCUCACCUCCGCGCCAGAUCAGCUCCUCUCCGAGCCUUCUCCCUCGCCGCACUCGCGCCUCUUGCCCCGCACACGCCGCCGCACGUCACGCCGCCGUCUCCCGGCCCUUCGUGCCUGCCGCAUCGCGCGAUGGCCACGUCAUCCGCCGCCGAGAUCCCACCGACGCAGCGCGCAGCUACAGUGCUCGCAUACGAGGGGCCGAAGCGCCUCGCAGACAACCUGCGGCUCGUAACAGACAAGCCCGUCCCUAGCCUCGGCCCGAACCAGGUUCUGGUUCGGAUGCAGCUUCGGCCCGUGAAUCCCGCGGACGGCCUCUGCGCCAUGGGCUACUAUCCGGGAUUCGCGCCGGCAAGCGCGCUCCCCGCAACUCUCGGGCUGGAAGGCAUGGGAGUCGUGGCGGCGCUGGGCGAAGCGGCAGCGCAAUCGGCGCCGGAUCUGGCGGUGGGGCGGCGCGUCGUGCCGCUGCUCGCGCUUGGCGCGCUGGAGGCGGGCGGCGGCGCGUGGCAGGAGUACGUAGCGGUGGACGCGGCGCAUGUGGCGGCGGUGCCCGCGGGGGUGCGCGACGAGGACGCGGCGCAACUGGCGGUGAAUCCGCUGACGGUGCUGGGCAUGCUGAACCAACUGAACGUUCCCAAGGGUGAGACGCGGACUUACAGGCGGACUGAUGGGGGCGGACUGAUUGGGGGCGGACUGAUUGGGGGCGGAAUGAUGGGGGCGGAAUGA